CCCCCCGGUAGGCGGGGCCGCGCUCUCCCCGCAGCCGCCGCCGCAGCCGCCGCCAGGGCCGCCCGGUGUCCCCGGUGGAGACGCCGCCCCCGCCGCCGCCGGGAGCUCGAUGCGGACGGAGCCCGGGCCGGGCCAUGGGGAUCCUCAGCAUCACGGACCAGCCGCCCCUGGUCCAGGCCAUCUUUAGCCGAGAUGUGGAGGAAGUGCGAUCCCUCCUCUCGCAGAAGGAGAACAUCAAUGUGCUGGACCAAGAGAGGCGAACCCCACUGCAUGCUGCUGCCUACGUAGGCGAUGUCCCCAUCCUCCAGUUGCUACUGAUGUCAGGUGCUAAUGUCAACGCUAAGGACACACUGUGGCUGACCCCUCUUCAUCGUGCUGCUGCCUCCCGAAAUGAGAAGGUGCUGGGAUUGCUGCUGGCACAUUCAGCAGAUGUGAACGCCCGGGACAAGCUGUGGCAGACACCACUGCAUGUGGCUGCUGCCAAUCGGGCCACCAAGUGUGCUGAGGCUCUGGCACCCUUGUUGAGCAGCCUUAAUGUGGCUGACAGGAGCGGACGCAGUGCCCUGCACCAUGCGGUGCACAGUGGGCAUCUUGAGACGGUGAACCUGCUCCUCAAUAAGGGAGCCAGCCUGAAUGUCUGUGACAAAAAGGAACGACAGCCUUUGCACUGGGCAGCUUUUCUAGGGCAUCUAGAGGUCCUAAAACUGCUGGUGGCAAGGGGAGCAGACCUCGGCUGCAAGGACCGCAAGGGCUACGGGCUGCUCCACACAGCUGCUGCCAGCGGUCAGAUUGAAGUUGUGAAAUACCUGCUCCGGAUGGGGGCUGAGAUUGAUGAACCCAAUGCUUUUGGAAACACAGCUUUGCACAUCGCCUGCUACCUGGGUCAGGAUGCUGUGGCUGUUGAGCUGGUGAAUGCAGGAGCCAAUGUUAACCAGCCCAAUGACAAGGGCUUCACGCCUCUGCACGUGGCUGCAGUCUCCACCAAUGGCGCUCUCUGCUUGGAGCUACUGGUCAAUAACGGGGCUGACGUCAAUUACCAGAGCAAAGAAGGGAAAAGUCCUCUGCAUAUGGCUGCCAUCCACGGCCGUUUCACCCGCUCUCAGAUCCUCAUCCAGAAUGGUAUGGAUUCAGGAACACUUUUCCUAGAUGCCUGCCACUGA